AUGUCAUCGGACCACCCAAUCCUCCACCGGCGGCCCACCUGCAACCGCAACCUCAACAACUCUCCAUCGCCACCUCCGCCGCCACCUCCACCGCCAUCAUCUAAACCCAAUGUCACUACCACCCUCUACCACACCCACAUCGGCAUCUUCGCUCUCACCUGGUCCCGCACGCUCUUUGGCCGAUCUCUCUACCUCCACCUCCUCCCCUCCUCCGCCAACGACGAUGAUGACGAUUCCAUUUCCACCACUUCAUCCACCCAAACCGCCGCCGCCACCCCUUCCUUCCACUUACAAAUUAAACCCUUGAUUUUCUGGAACAGACAUGGCUCCAAGAAGAUCCCAAUCUCUAGCAAUAAAAACGAGUUCAUCCACAUCUAUUACGAUCUGUCUCGGGCCAAGUUCGGAUCAGGUCCAGAACCCAUAUCAGGAUACUACAUCGCCGCCACUGUCUCUGGUCAAAUGACACUCCUCGUCGGAGAUUCCCCGAAACAAGCCUACUCCAAGGCUAAAUCGACUCAAUCGAUUAAAAACCAGAUCACCGUCCUCCGCCGCGAACACGUCUACGGCAUAGCCAACAAGAAAUACAACACCAAAGCAACUUUCCGGGGCAAAACUCGAGAGAUAACCAUAGAUUGCACCCGAGUGGCCGGCGGCGACGAUUCUAGAUUAUACUUCUCAGUUGACAACAAAAGGGUAUUGGUAGUGAAACAUCUGCAAUGGAAAUUCAGGGGUAACGAAAGAGUCGAAAUCGACGGCGUUCACAUUCAAAUUUCGUGGGAUGUUCAUAACUGGCUUUUAGAAGAAGAAAUCGACGACGGUUACGCAUUGUUCAUGUUCAGAUUCGAAAAAUCCGGAUUCGAUUACCACGAAGACGACAAGUACUUAUCCCGAUUGAAUGCAUCUGGGUCUGGUAUUUCCGGAAUGGGAUCAGGUUUCGGAUUUGGAUUCGAGAUGAAGAAGAUGAAGAAAGGAAUGUUGAAGAGGGUGAAAAGCUCGUCGUCGUCGUCACUGUCAUCGGCGUCCUCCGGCUGUGGAUCGGUGAUGGAAUGGGAAAGUGUGGAGGAGAAUGAACUCAAAGGGCCUUCUGGUUUUUCAUUGCUUGUUUAUGCUUGGAAGAGUUAA